GGAACCACCAACUCGUAGUCUUGGUCAGUUAGAUGCUUAGUCGUCUCAACCACAUCCGUACCGCCUUGUUUUCUUUGGCCAGGCCUACAAUGUCAUACGCAGUUGAUACGUCUCAUUAUCGUGCCACUUUAUCUUCAGGUGCUCAAAGCGAGAUUGCCACAUUCGCUGCGGGGUGCUUUUGGGGUGUCGAACACAUAUUCCUGAAAGAGUAUCCUCCUUCGCAGAACAGGGGCAUCCUCAAGACGAGCGUCGGAUACACCGGCGGGCUGGAGAAAGCUCAGAAUCCGACAUACAGAGAAGUGUGCACUGGGACAACCAAUCAUGCUGAGGCCUUGAGAAUUGAAUUCGAUCCUUCCAUAAUCCAGUACGGAGAGCUCGUCGAGUUUUUCUACCGCACCCAUGACCCGACUACACCGAAUAGGCAGGGCGGUGACGUGGGCACUCAGUAUCGCUCUGUAAUUUUCACACAUUCACCUGAACAGAGCAAGAUAGCGGAGGAUGUCACGCGGAAGGUACAAGAGGAACAUUUCAAGGGCCAAACGAUUGCGACGGAAAUCAAAGAAGCUGGGCGAUGGUAUGAUGCCGAAGAGUAUCAUCAGCUAUAUUUGUUCAAGGAACCGAAUGGCUACCAGUGCCCAACACACAAGAAGCACUGGUAGAUGGAUGAUUGUUAACAGCGUAACUGAGUAUUAGAAUAGAUGAAUGUACAGUAAAUACCAACUGAAGUCGUGAACUGGUUAUCAGGAUUCAGGAUGACCCAGUGACAAUCAAAAGCCGCCAUCAGAGUUGUGGAAGCCCGUCCCUUUACAAAUGUAACAAGGAGAGUGGUGCCGAACGGGCGAUGUCAAUGCGAUCCCUGCAUAGGGUCCGACUCAACUCUCUGCACCGUCAUUUCUCGUCAUUGGCGUUUCUGAUUG